CAGGAAAGGGGUGGAAACAGCCCAAAAUCCCAGGAAAAGGGGGGUCGGGACAAAGAGGCCGCGCCGAGGGGGUGCCGAGGGCAACUUGGAUGCUCCGGGAAGCCCGAGGCUGAGGGGCCAUGUCCUCGCUGCUGUCCCUCCAGGAGGAGAACAGGAUCCUGCAGCAGGAGCUGUCCCGGGUGGAGGAUCUGCUGGCCCAGAGCCGGGCGGAGCGCGAUGAGUUGGCCAUCAAGUACAAUGCCAUCAGCGAGAGGCUGGAGCAAUCCCUGCGCACGGAGGCGGGAGAGCGGGAAGCGGCCGAGAGCCGGAGCCUGGCCCAGCACAACAUCGAGCUCCGGAGGCUCCUGGAGGAGGAACAAGCCGCCUACAAGCGGAAGCUCCAGGCCUACCAGGAGGGGCAGCAGAGACAGGCCCAGCUCGUGCAGAAGCUCCAGGCCAAGGUGCUGCAGUACAAGAAGAAAUGUGGGGAAGUGGAGCAGCAGCUGCUGGAGAAGGCGACGGAGCUGGAGCAGGAGAGGCUGACGCUGGAUGCCAGCGGCUCCCAGCCAGAGGAGGAGAGCAGCAACGAGCUGGAGAACGCCCUGAUCCGGCUGGAAGAGGAGCAGCAGAGGAGCAGCAGCCUGGUGCAGGUGAACUCGAUGCUGCGGGAGCAGCUGGAACAGGCCAACGCGGCCAACGCGGCGCUGAGCGAGGACAUCCGGAAGCUCACGGCGGACUGGGCACGGAGCAGGGAUGAGCUGGAGCAGAGGGAGGCCGAGUGGAGGCGCGAGGAGGAGUCCUUCAACGCCUACUUCAGCACGGAGCACAGCCGGCUCCUGACCCUCUGGAGGCAGGUGGUGGCUCUGCGGCGGCACUUCGGGGACAUGAAAUCCAGCACCGAGAGGGACCUGUCGGAGCUGGGCCACGAGGUGUCCCGGGCGGGCCGCGCCGCCCACGCCGCCUGCCUGGCCCUGGGGGCCAACCUGCGCCUGGCCGAGAGCCAGGCGGGAGCGGCGCGGGAGCGGCGGGAGCUGCGCCUGGCACAGCUGGAGGAGCAGCUGGCGGCGCGGGCACGAGAUGCCGACCUGGAGAAAUCCGCCCUGGGAGCCAAGCUGGAGGAGAUGACGGCGGCGCUGGAGCGGCGGCGGGGCGAGGACGAGGAGAGGGAGCGGGCGGUGCAGGCGCUGACCCUGCAGCUGCGGGAGCUGGAGGCCGCGCGCGCCCGGGAGCCGCCGCCGGAGGAGGUGCAGGCGCUGCGCUCGGAGCUGGAGCUGCUCCGCCGCACCCUGCACGACGUCACCCAGGCGGUGCUGGCCGAUGACCCCGCGUCCUCCCCAGCGCCCGGCGCGGUGUCGCCGCCGUGUCCCGCCGUGUCCCCUGCCCUGUCCCCCGGCGCCGUUCGCUCGUGGCUGGUCCGGCGGCGGGCGGAGCUGACGGAAGCGCGGAGCCAGGCAGAGCAGGGCCGGGAAGCGGCCGCGGGGCUGCGGCGGGAGCUGCGGGACAGCGAGGGGCGGCUGGAGGCGCUGGAAAAGCGGCUGGAGCAGCUCCGGGCGGAGACCGGGAACUGCCGCCGGGAGCGGGACGAGGCGCUGCGGGAGGGACUCGGGCUGAGGGCGCGGAACGAGGAGCUGCGGAGGGAGCUGGAGCGGGCGGAGGCGGUGCUGGCAGUGGAGCAGCAGCGGGCGGGAGCUCUGGAGCAGGAGCGGGCGCAGCUCCAGCGCCAGAACGAGGGGCUCGAGGAUUCCCGGGAUGAGGCUGCCCGGGAUGCCCAGAGCGCCCGGGAGCAGCUGGAGCACAGCCAGCGGCAGCUGGAGGAGCUGGAGGCGCAGCGGGCGCGGGCGCAGCGGGAGCUGCUGGAGGCGCGGGAGGAGCAGAGCCGGGCGGAGCUGCAGGCGGAGCUGGCACGGGGAGAGCGGGAUGUGCUGGCACAGGCGCUGGGAAAGGCGCAGGGCAGCUGCGGGGAGCUGGCCCUGGCACAGCGGGCGGCGGAAUCCGAGGAAUGCCGGCUGCGGGACGCCUUGGCCAAGACCUCGGAGCUGGCGUCGGGGCUGGCGCGGGAGAAGGCGGAGCUGUGCCGGCGGCUGGAGCGGCUGGAGCAGGAGCGGGAGCGCGGGCGGCUGCGGACGCGGGAGCUGCUGCGGGAGCUGGCGCAGCUCCGGGCGCGGCUGGAGCGCGGGCGCCGCGCCGGGAUCCUGGAGCGGCAGGGCCUGGAGCGGGCCCGGAGCGCGGCGCUGGAGGGGUCCCGGGGCGUGCGGGCGGAGCUGCGGGCGCUGCGCCAGGAACACCUUCGGCUGCGCCAGCACCUGGCACAGGCUCUGCAGGCCCAGGGCACGGCGGGCGAGGCGCUGGCGCGGGCGCGGGCGGAGCAGGAGCAGCUGCGGGUGGAGCAGGAGCGGCUGAGCCGGAGCCACGCGGAGCUGGCCCAGGACAGCGCCGGGCUGGCCGUGCAGCUCGCCAUGGCACAGCGGCACGGGCAGGAGUGCCACAGGGAGGCACAGGGGCUCAGGUCGGAGAAGGAGGGGCUGGAGAGCAGCGUGUUCCAGCUGCAGGCACAGCUGGCCCAGCUCCAGGCCCGGAACCAGCAGCUGGAGAGUGAGGGCCGGACGCUGCUCCAGGCCAAGGAGGCACUGGAGGGUUCCCUGGUGAUGGCUGGUGUUCCUGGGUGCUGUUCCCAGGAGGAGCUGGAGGCCGAGCGGGGCCGGCUGAUGCAGGAGCAGGACGAGCUGGUGGCCGAGCUGGCGGCGCUGCGGCAGCAGCACCAGAGUGAGAAGCAGCAGGCCCUGGCCCUGCAGGAGGAGGAGAGGGCAGCCCUGGCAGAGACGCUGGCGGGGCUCCAGCGGAGCCUGGACGAGGCCACGGCCGAGCUGGAGCAGCAGCGGAGAGAGGUCACCACCCACCAGGAGAAGGAGCAGUCCCUGUGCUCGGAGCUGCUCUCGCUGCGGGCGCGGGCGGAGGCGGCGGCUCAGACCCACGAGCGGGAGGCGCGGGCGCUCCGGGACCAGGCGGCGGCGGCGGCCAAGCAGCGGGACAGCGCCCUGCGGGAGGCGGAGGAGGCGCGGGCGCAGCUGCGCUCGGCGGCCGAGGCGCGGGCGGCCGGGCGGCGGGAGCUGCUGGAAGCGCAGCGGGACGCCCGGGAGAGCCGGGAAGGGCGGGAUGCGGAGCGGAGGCAGGCGCAGGAGGCGCGCAGGGCCCUGGGCGACGAGGCCAGGGAGAAGGAGACCCUGCGCCGCUCCAACGAGGAGCUGCGGGCGGCCCUGCGGAGGGCGGAGGGGGAGCGCAUCAGCCUGAAGCGCUCCGGGGAGGACAAGGAGCAGCGGCUGGCGCUGCUGGAGGCGGGGCGGGCGGCGGCCGAGCGGGAGGUGACGGAGCUGCGGGCGGCGCUGCGGGAGCUGGAGCGCGGCCGCCUGGACGCCCGCCGGGAGCUGCAGGAGCUGCGCCGGCAGGUGAAGGACCUGGACAGCGAGAACAGCCGGCGGAGCAGGGAGGUGGGGGAGCUGCAGGCGCGCGUGGCGCUGGAGGAGCAGCGGGAGGAGCGGAGCCGCCGCGAAGCCUUCGGCCUCAGGAGGAAGGUGGCGGAGAGUGAGGCCGACACGGAGGCUGCCAGGAAGGAGCUCCAGCAGCUCCAGCAGCGCCUGGCGGAGGCGGAGGCGGAAUUCCGGCAGCGGGAGAAGGAGCUGGCGCGGAGCCUGGAGGAGGCUCGCGGCAACGAGAAGAAGCUGCUGGCGGACUCCCGGAACCUGCAGCUGAAGGUGGAGGCGGCGCGGGGCGAAGUGUCCGAGCUGAGCCUGCGGCUGAGCGCGGCCCAGGGCCGGGCCCAGGGGCUGGAGGCGGAGCUGGCCCGGGGCGAGGAGCUGCGCCGGGCGGCCGAGUCCCGGCUGGGCGGGCUCCAGGCGGCCCUGCGGAGAACCGUGGGCAUGGCCCGGGCCCGGCCCGGCCCCCUGGCCCCCGGCGGGGCCCCAGAGGGGUCAGGAAGCCCCGGCUCCUCCCCGGAGCCCGACCCCGCAUCCGAUCCCGAGGCGGCGCGGGCGGCCCUGCGGGAAUUCCUGCGGGAGCUGCAGGAGGCGCAGCGGGAGCGGGAGGAGCUGCGGGUGCAGGUCGGGAGCCUGGGCCGGCGCCUGGCGGAGGUGGAGCAGGAUCGGGAUAACGCCAAUUCCCGGGCACAGCAGCUCCAGAAGCUCAUGGAAGAGAGCGAGGAAGGGCACCGGGGGGACCUGAGCAGCUCCCAGGCCACGCUCCUGCUCCAGGAGGAGACCCUGCGCCAAUCCCAGCGGGAACGCCGCGAGCUCCGGGACAAGGUGGCGGCGCUGGAGCGGAGCCUCCGCAAUUCCGAGCGGGAAUGCCGGGCGGCACAGGAGCGGUUGAGCGCGCUGCUCAGUGCCCCGCUGGACAGCGAUUCCAAGGAGGAUUCUCCGAGCGCUCCCUCCGUGUCCGAUGGUUCCCUGCUCCAGGAGCGGCUCCAGCAGCUCCAGAGCGCCCUGACUGCCGGAGAGCUGGACCGGAGGGGGCUCCAGGAGGGGCUGGAGGUGGCGCGGCGGGCGCUGGCGGAGGCGCGGCAGGAGAAGGGAAUGCUGCGGGAGCAGCUGCAGGGGAUGCGGGAGCAGCGGGAGGAGCUGCAGCGCUCCAGGGACCGGCUGGAGGAACAGCUCCGGCUGCGGGUGGAGCGGGAGCAGCCGGGUUCCGGGGCCGAGCCCCUCUCGGCGGGGCUGGAUCGCUCCCUGGGCAGAGCCGAGCGGGAGCUGGGCCAGGCUCGGACACGACUGCGGGAGCUGCGGGCACAGGUGUCGGCGCUGGAGCUCUGCUCUGCUCCCGCCCUGGGAUCGUCCCCGGAGCUGCAGCGGGAGCUGGAGCGGCUGCGGAUCGGGCCCAGCCUGGAGGAGCAGAUCGCGCUGCUGAAGGAGCAGGAGCUCCAGCGUCACCCCCCCGGGAUUUAGGGACAUCCCGGGACACCCGCAGGGACCGGCACAGCCCAUGGAGGAGGGGGAUCCAUCCCCAUCCCAAAUCCACAGCAGACACUGGCCAUGGAGGAGGGGGAUCCAUCCACAUCCCAAAAAAACAUGGCAGUGACCAUCACAGCUCAUUCCAUGGAGGAGGGGGAUCCAUCCCCAUCCCAAAUCCACAGCAGACACUGGCACAGCUCAUUCCAUGGAGGAGGGGGAUCCAUCCCCAUCCCUGCUCCGAACCCACAGCGAUUUUUGCCUCCAAAGCUGCACUUUUCCAAUGAGACGACCAAAUUGUCUAUUUUUGAUACAAUUUGGGGCCUGUUGGAUGGUUUUCCCAUUUUCCUAUUGCUUUUUUUAACAAAAAAAAAAAAGAGGGAAAUAUUCCCUGUUUUUAGUGCCAGAAGAACCAACUGGUUUAUUCCCACUCACCACAUCCUACUUUCCCCCCUUUUUCUAACACAAAACUCCCUGGAUUGGUGCUUUUAAAGGCUAUUUUUAGCAAAUAGUGGGAUUUUUUUAUGGCUGUUUUUGAAACUGGGGGUUUUUACUGGUGCUACGGGGCAGCUCGAAGUUGGAAAACCCACUGGAAUUGAGGUGGUGGCUUUGAGUGCCCCCCGAUCCUUGGCAUUCCUGGCACAAAUAAAGGUGAAGAAAUCCAGACUGGGAGCUCUGAGGGAAUUUUUUGGGGAAGGUUUGGCAAUUUGAGAUGUCCAAAUGUGGGGCUGGUGGGGCACAAGAGUUGAGUCGGGUCCCUAAAUAAAUAAUAAUAACAAUAACAAUAAU